AUGAUGAUCCAGAACCGCAAGCAUUAUGCUGCGGCCCGCCGACUCGAGUUGGAGAAGCUCAUCCGUACCGAUGGCAAACGAGAAUCUGCAUACAUACACAUGCUAGCACAUGAUGAACCACGGGUAGCGGCUUUGAGCCCAGACUGGGAGGUCGCACGACAUCUUGUGCUGGAGGAGAUGGGUGAUCAUGGCUCGAACAUAUGUUUGGACGGUGAAGGGAAUGGAACUACGGAAGCCAGCAUAAAGGUGAUGAGGAAGCUUUCCGUGCGAAGCCUCGAUUCCCUCUUUCAUCUUGAUGCGGGCGCUGGCGUAGGUUAUGGUCCUCGUCACGACUUCUGUUACCAUACGAAGCGGACAUUGGACUGGUUGCAUCUUCUGGGUCCUCCAGGAUGA